AUGAUUCUUCGUACCAAAGAUGAAGAAAGUUGCCAAUUAUUAGGACCAGUUUCUAUCUCAAUACAAUUGGGGAUGGGUGCUAUUGCAUUUAGUGGAUUGAUAAUUAAAAGAAAAUAUGAACAUCCAAGAAGAAAACUGAUUGUUUGGAUUUAUGAUAUUAGUAAGCAAAUUAUAGGUGCUUUAAUUAUACAUUUUGUUAAUUUAUUCAUUAGUCUAAUUAAAAGAAGAAGAAUGGAUAUGUAUCUGGUUUUUAGUAAUAUUUUAUUUUACGAUAAUACACAUAACAAAUUAACAGGUGGUGGAAGCAAUAAUGACAACGAUAAUGAUGAUGACGACGAUCAAUGUGACUGGUAUUUUUUAAAUUUACUACUAGAUACAACCAUAGGGAUUCCUAUUCUUUGGUUUUUAUUAAAUUGUAUUCAUUAUAUAUUCCAAUACUUAAACAUUAAAAAUAUUGAAAGUGGGAAUUAUUUCCCUUCGUUGGAAGACUAUGAUACUAAUUUAAUUAUGCACCAUACUAUUGCAGGUAACAAUAUCGGAAUGCUGGGCGACGAUAAUUGUAUUAUAACUGCCAGCACAAAUAAUAUUCUACAUUCAAGACGUCCAAUGUUUAAGGCAUUCUUAAUUCAAUUAUCCAUUUACUCUAGUGGGUUACUACUAAUGAAAUCAGUUGUAUUUUUAAUAUUAAAUUAUUUCGAAGAGUUUAGUUAUUGGUUUGCUAAUUUAAUGCUAGGCUGGUCUGAUAGUUGGCCAAAUUUCCAGGUUUUUUUAGUAAUGUUUAUUUGCCCCAUUGUUUUAAAUUGUUUUCAAAUUUUAUGUAUCGAUAGUAUUAUUAAACUACCCACUGAUCAUUUGAAUUUUGAUAGUAUUGAUACAUUUGAAGCUAAUUCGUUCCCCAAUGAUGUGACUGAUUGCGAAAAUUUGAUCACAACCACCACCAAUAAUCCUCAAAACAUUAACAAUCUAUCUAAUGAUUAUGAUGUUACUUCAGAAAAUCAUAAUCACUCAGACGAAUCUCCAGCUACUCAAUAUUCCAUUGAUAAGAUGGAAGAAACAUUAUCAUCACAAUACGGAAGUAUAGAGUAG